GACGUGAAAAAGUAAAUUGAAAUAUCGACAAAGCGUUUGUGGCCAUUGGCUAUGAGACACAGUAGCGGGUGUGUAAAAUUUGCGGUGUAUGAUUAUUUGAAUAAGAGGUGAAAGGAGAACCAGACACCGAUGAAAAACGGUAAUCAUGAAGGUGAAAAGAUCGAUUGUCCUGUUUUGCUUUCUGGGCUGUGUGUUGUGCAGCGAGGAGAAAGAUGGCGAUAUCCGAAAGACGAAAUCGGUGCCGAAGCAACGUGACAAAACGCCGUACGGAAAAUACCUCAAACCGUCUCUCGACGAGGGUGAAAAAUCGAGCGUCAUCGAUUUCGCACGUGAUCGAAGAAUAACCGAUUCGAACGGUUCCGAGUUUGAAAACGCGACGAGUCGGAACAACGAGUACUCGGUUGAUACGGAAUCGACGAAAAUGGUCGCCGCGAGAUCCGCGGCCGAGGAUCAAGCGGAACCCAUCGUCGCCUUGUCGAAGAGUUCCCACGAAUCGACGCCGUUGAAUAUGCCGACAUCCAACGCGAAGUCGAAGGACCGGAAACGCGGAAAGUACUGGCCAACGAAAAACAGUACGAGCAAAGCGGUCGACGGUAUUUGCCCGUCUAUGGACAUAAGGAAUUCGGUGAAUAAUUUCAACAAUUUGAAGGACUGCGAGAUCAUCGAAGGAUUUCUUCAGAUCGUACUGAUCGAUCGACCGAACGAAACCUUAUUCGAAAAUAUGACUUUCCCAAAGCUCAGGGAGAUCACGGGCUACCUCUUGUUCUACAGAGUAAACGGACUGAAAAGCCUUACCAACCUGUUUCCCAACCUCGAGGUCAUCAGGGGACAAACGUUGAUGACCGACUACGCAUUAAUGGUCUACGAAAUGCGCAAUUUGCAAGAGCUCGGUCUUAAGAAUCUAACGGAAAUAACGAGAGGAGGAGUGAUCAUCGAGAAUAACCCGAGUCUCUGUUUCGUGAAAACCAUCAACUGGUCGAUGAUCGUUGUUGCCGGUGACAUAUUCAUCAAGCAAAAUGGAGAGUCCACUUGUCCGGGUUGUCCGCAAUGCAACCUUGGCUAUUGUUGGACGUCGAAACAUUGUCAGCUAAUGGAGAAGCCUCGGUGUCACUCGGAGUGUUUGGGAUGGUGUCACGGACCCAAGGAUACGGACUGUUACGUUUGUAAGCAUUUCCGUCACGACGGAAGAUGCGUCCGAAAAUGCCCGGCGCACCUGUACGGUUACUUGAUGAGGAGAUGCAUCACUCAACAGGAAUGCUUGACGAUGAAACUGAUCCUUCCGCGAAACGAUUACGGGGAACACGAUCAAGACGUUUUUCGUCCCUUCAACCAUUCUUGCAUCCAGCAAUGUCCCAAGGGGUUCGAGGACGCCGUCGAUCCGAAAACUAAUAUCACGACGUGCCGAAAAUGUGCUGGACCUUGCCGUCGAAUAUUGAUUGGAGGUACUAUCCGAAAUAUGGCCGACGCUCAGCGUUACGAAGGUGUCGACGUCGUUCAGGGGGGUCUUGAGAUUCACAUACAAAACAACAAUCCAAACCUAAUGGCCGAGCUUGCCAAAUCGUUCUGUUCGGUUGAAGAGAUCACCGGGUACCUCAAGGUGACGCAUUCGUUUCCGAUCACGUCGCUGUCGUUCUUUAAGAAAUUACGAGUGAUCAGGGGAGAACCACCGGACAGCAACAACUCAAGUCUUACGAUACUGGACAAUCCAAAUUUAUCGUAUUUGUUCCCGAAGGAUCAAAAUAUCACAGUUCAAAGGGGCAGGAUGUUCUUUCACUACAAUCCCAAGCUCUGUUUUUCGAGGAUCGAAGAACUCGGCCGCAUGGUCGGUAUCCAGAAUUUUUCCAAAGUGGACGUUGACCCGGAGUCUAAUGGUGAUAAAGUCGCCUGCGACAAUGGUAACAUAAAUAUAACUGUGAGGGAAACUGGGCCGGACGUUGCUGAAGUUGAAUGGAAGAGUUUCGAGCCGUCGACUGGCGAGCAUCUUCUGGGCUACAUUUUGAACUACAUAGCAACCGACAAUACGGACGAGACGGUAUUCGACUCGAAUUUUUGCGGGAACAACACCUGGCAGUCAGUGGACGUCGAUCCGCCAAUGUCCGAUGGAAAUUCGCAGAAAGUUUCGAAGUCGAUAACUGGCCUGAAGCCGUACACCCGUUACGCGAUAUACGUGAAGACUUACACCCUGGGGAACGAGGGUUCCUUCGCGAGUCCGAUUGGUCAGUCGGAGAUAAUUUUUUUCCGUACUCGAAGCGACGUACCGUCACCCCCGACGAACUUGUCCUCGGUUCCGUCAAGUGAUACCGAAAUCAUAGUGCGAUGGAGUCCGCCAGAGUUCCCAAACGGACCAAUAGGAUACUACAUUUUGUCAGGAUUUGUGAGAAGAGACGAUCCCGAGUUACUCGAGGAGAGAAACUACUGCAAAUACGGUCUCGUCGACGAGACGGAUAUCGAAUUUGAGCCUGGCUUCGAGGUGACGGAGAAAGUGGCAGUGGACUUGACGACGGAAAAAUCUGACUUUGAAGCUGCAACGCGGAAAGAUAACACGAAGAAAACCACAAGGUCGUGCUGCAAAAAGGACCUUGUCGAGGCUAAGCCUGCGCCUCCGAUAAAGUUUGCGAUCACGUGCAACGAGAACAUCAGUCUCAGCCGUUUCGUACCUGGCAAGCAGAGUUUCUGCAGACCGUCGAGUAUGAGUUACCCGAAGCCAGUGGUUGUCCGGGGUGCGUACGAAGUCUUUUCGUUCAACGUUACCGGCGAAAACAAUUCCUACCUCGUUAAAAACCUGACGCAUUAUUCGACUUACACUAUUUCCGUCGCCGCCUGUGGUAUGAAGCUCGAGGACGGCGCGGAGCAGUGUUCCCUGGUCGAGUACACGAACACCAGGACCUUGAAGAGGGAGUCGGCCGACGACGUGCGCAACGUCAACGUGGAGAUUUUGAAUAACACGAUAGUAACGGUCUCUUGGGAUUCGGUAGCCGAGCCAAACGGAUUGACGGUCGCCUACAAGAUCGAGUACACGAACCUCGACGUCAGAGAUGUGAAGAAAGCUGAAGAUUGCAUUACGGAGAAGGAGGCACGCGAAAAACGCAACACGUUCACUUUGGGCAAUCUGAAUCCGGGAAAGUACAGCGUCAGGGUCCAAUCAAUGUCGCUCGCCGGAGACGGAAACUUUUCGGGAUUUGUCGAGUUCGCUGUUGGAGUACAGGACCAUAGCUCGAUGGGUGUGAUGAUAGGGUUAUGCUUUGCCAUAGUCGCUGUACUAGUGGCAUUCAUCUUGUGUCUCAUGUGGAAUCGGCGGCAGUACAAAAUGAAACAGAUCAGAUUAAUAGCGAGCGUGAAUCCGGACUACAUUGAGACGAAAUACGUCCUGGACGAGUGGGAAGUGCCGCGAGAGGAUGUCGAGAUAAUGGAGGAGCUCGGGUUGGGUAAUUUUGGAAUGGUUUACCGCGGCAUCUUGAACGGCACAAGGAACGUUGCGAUAAAAACAAUAUCGGAAACGGCUAAUUAUCGUGAACAAAACGAGUUUCUGAACGAGGCAUCGGUCAUGAAGAAUUUCUCCACCUUCCACAUAAUCAAACUACUCGGUGUCGUCUCGAUUGGUAGUCCGCCGUUCGUUAUAAUGGAGCUUAUGGAGAACGGGGACCUUAAAACGUAUCUGAGAAAGAUACGAGACACCCAGUUGGUGCCGAACUUUUCACGCAUAUGCAGAAUGGCCGCAGAAAUCGCAGACGGAAUGGCUUACCUCGAGUCGAAGAAAUUCGUUCACAGAGAUUUGGCAGCGAGAAAUUGCAUGGUAUCGAAGAAUCUGGUUUGUAAAAUCGGCGACUUUGGUAUGGCCAGAGAUAUAUACGAAACUGAUUACUACAAGAUCGGCAAGAAGGGUUUGCUGCCGAUCAGAUGGAUGGCGCCGGAGAAUUUAUCCGACGGUGUUUUCACCUCUGACUCUGACGUUUGGUCGUACGGCGUUGUAUUGUACGAAAUAUUGACCCUCGCCGAAAUUCCAUAUCAGGGAUUCUCGAACGAGGAAGUACUGAACUACGUGUUGCGCAAGGGCACCGUUGAAAUACCGAAAAACUGUCCUGAGGUAAUUUACAAAAUAAUGGAACGUUGCUUCAAGUGGAGACCUAACGACAGGCCGACCUUCCUCGAGAUAGUUUCCGAGCUAGAGCCGUUCCUUUCCCAAGAUUUUUGCACAACGUCGUUUUACCACUCCUCUGACGGCGUCGAAAUCCGUAACUCGGGGGUAAAAAAGGUUUACCACAACGCUGCGCCCAUCAGAUUUUACUUUGGCAACGAAACCGCGAGGUGGGUGAAGGACUUCGAAGACAACGUGAUGCUGCUUGAUCAAACUAAGGCUGGUUCGAGUCGGGGACGCAUUUUUAAGAACGGUUUUCAACAGUUUGGCGACAUCUCCGCCAUGGAGGACAUAUCUUUGGAUCGUUGAUGCGUUCAUCCACUUGCAAAAACCUUCAGCGGUUGGUUAGUAUCUUCGUUGAAAGCUGAUCGCCGAAACUCCGCGAAAGACUGCAGCCUUGUUCUCGAUCAAAGUACCUAAAUUUCGAGACAUUUCGGUGGUGGUUCGCUACACAUUACCCGUAUUCCGUGUCUCAUUCAAAUUGUAAAAGAGCGUGCGAAAAAUAUAGGAGAGAAGGGCGAAUGUGUGAGAGUCAAGAAGUGAACGAGAGACUGCUGUUUUUGUGCCUUUAGACACAAAGUGCCUUAUUUAAUCAACGAAUAAUGAAAUUCAUGGAAAAUGUGUCUGGAAAGAAAUUCAUCUUGGCUGUUUCUCUACAAUUCAUUUCCGUCAGUCUGUGUAGAAAUACCGUUUUAAAAUAUUUUACCUUGGAUAAAGUCAUUCUUGAAAGUAACUUACUCCUGAUAAGUUGUAUUCAAUUACACAUCGUCAUCACAGAUCUUGGCGCGGUUUGUUACCAAGAAGGAGAAGAAGAAGUUUGCGUUUUGAAGAACGAAUACCGCUAAAUAUUACAUGCAUAUGAUAUAUCCAAUGCUAUUUCAGACACAUUUUUCUUGUUUUCGGGACCAACGAGUCGGAGUUGAAAUUCUCUGAAGAAACAUGUAGAAUUGGAUUUUAUUCUUCAUAAAAAAAUUUCUUACGUACAACUUCCACCUCUGUAACUAUGACAUAUGCAUGUGCAUAUGUAUAUGUAUAUCGUAGAUAGUUUUUGAACACAACACAAUGAACUGAGGCUUAAAUAUUAUUUAAUUACUUGCGUCACCGUAUCGUAAUAUGGGUUAUAUCAUAAAUCCAACUGUAUUAUUAUCAUCAAAGAUUUCUUGGCUUCGAUUGAACUCCGGUUGAAUAGAUCGCAGAUCUUAAAUUCCCUUGUUUCAUACGAUCACCUUGAACUACAGAUAAACCAGAACUUCUUGUCAAGCUAGUUAUUCCAAUCUUGAUUAAUCAACUUUAGACUUGGUCCGACCUAUUACCCAUUUUUUACACAUGGAACUAUACUUUACGUGCAUCCGUUUAAUUCACCAAAUAAUACAACUCAUUUCAACAUUAAAUUCCAAAGAUGUAUUUCAAUUCAGUAAGAGUGCGAUUUGUCAAGAAUCAGAAUUUCAUUGAAUUCCAGACUCGCGAAAACGUCAAGAGAAGCUUUUUUCGAGGUUGAAAAAAAAGAUUUGUUCUACUCGGGUGAAAAAGAUUUCUAUUUGUUUUUUUUUUUUUUCUUUUUAAUUGAAUUGUUUUUAUUUUUUGCUGCUCACGUACCUUAGAUUUAACGAUCGUUUCUGUUAUAACUUUAAACACUCGCAUAUGCCGAAUUUAAAAAAGUUUGGCACGCACUUGCGUAUUCCUAGAAGUAGACCCUGUACUCACGUGUGUACAUACAUGCAUACGUACACUCGACUCAUUAGAUUCCGAAUGUACCAGAAUCGGAGACGUCGGGUGUACGUCUGUCAAUUGCAACUAUAUUUGCGAUUAGGCAAGUCCUUUCGCGCAACGUCGCAGACACGAGUAUAAACAUUUACUUAUUUUACGUCGCACUUAUGACGGUUGCACGUGAGAAUUUUGCACCGGGAUAUUCCUAAUCAAAAAAUCCUGCCAUACCGUCUUCCACAAGAGACUAUGACCAUUAUAUUGUAUACAAAAUUAAUUUAUACACCCUAGCGAUUAAGUUAAAUUAUUCUAUUUUAGAUAAUAAACCAAUUCUCUAUUUUGUUUUCGUUAUAUUUCUUGUUUCCGCGUACAGCGACGUUCUUAUUCUUAUAAUUAAGGUGUUCGUUGAUCGGGAGCAGGAAAAUUUGAAAUCAAAUAACUUGUACUUUAUAAUAUAUUUUAUAUUAUGUAUAAUUAUUUUAUGUUCAUACACUUAAGACUUACAUUCAAUAGUUAUGGACCGUAACAAUGAUUAAUUAAUAUCCUAAGCCACGUUACUGUUAGUAUUGCCGCUGAGUAUUACAACUAGUCACAUAAGCCAAAAGUUUGUUAUUCUCGCAGAAAAGUUUUCUUUUUUUUUUCAGUUUUUUAAAUAAACAGUAAUAGGAAACCCAA